AUGCUGCAAGGGGAUUUUAGCAAGGACAAAGUGUAAGUUAUAUUGUUGUUUUGCGUUUUGGGUAUUACCUGGCUAUGUGUAUAUAUUUUAGAAUGAAAAGACUGGAUUACUGCUUAAAGACCAAGUUGUAAGUUUUUUAAAUUUUGUUGGAUUUUAUCAUUUUUAAAAACUUUAAAUUAAGUAUGAUAUUGCUGUAGAUGAGGGUCGAAAUGCAUAGCGAUGUUCCAUAAUACUACGUUAUGCAAUUUUACAUUUAGGUGUUUUUAGUGAACCACCAUGUCGACCCCUAACUCAACCUGAAAUAUUGUUGGAGAAAGCGUUUAGAAGGCUUUGGAAUUUGAGUAAGUUUAUCUUUAAAAAUUUUUAUGGUAUAAAAAAACACUCCCACGCUGCUUCUGCCGUGCAAAACUUAUCCACUCGAUAAGUUGGACCGCACUCACAGUCUUAUUGUACUAUACAGGCUUUUACUUCAUGACAAUAUAGAAAUGUUUACAGCUUCAAAAGACAUUGCUAGUGCUGAAGGGUGCUCUAAAAUUAUCAAGAAACAACUGCCACAUGCCUACGAUCAAAUACUACGUAAAUAUGACAAGUUUAAUGAGAAAACGUAUUGGAAGGAGUGUUUGGACAUUACUGAUGUUUGCAGGUAUUUAUGACAUUCUGCUGUUUUUUCGAACUUCUUAUACCGUUAAAAUAUUCAUUUUGACAGAAGUCGAUUUUAUGUAAUGAAAUUUCAAAAACAAUUUUUUUCGAAAUUUAAAAAUUUAAAAAAAUUGUAUUUUAGAGACAAUCUCCGUUAUGUGUACUCAGGUACAUGUUUUCUAAUGACCCAUUGUUCCAAAAAGCUGGCAUCUCUAGCUUAUGUUAUGUUAUAUUCGUAUCAACAGAUAUCCGCUCAAACAGAAAUGCCAUUAAGUUGUGACGGCACGUCACGAUACGAUCCGAAUCCAGAGAUUUACUUUUAUGACACUGGUGUCGACAUGAGUAUUUUGGAUUCAAAAUUCUGUGAAGGAUUACCCAUACCGCCGCUGCGGGAACAGAGAUUGUUACGGCUGUUUAGCCAUGAAAUUUCUGGUUGA